AUGCAGUGCGAGAGAUUCAAACAGACUAAAAGGGACCAGCUCCCUCUUUAUUGCCAUGACGUUCGCUUAGCGUGGCGGAUGCAGCCGCUGGGGUUCUCCACAGGUUCGCUGCGAUCUCUGGUCCACACGCAGAGGGCGGAAGCGUACCAGCAAGAAUUGCCGCAUAAUUUACGGGGUUGUAUUGAAUCCGUUACUCAUUUGGAUGGGACAAGGGAAUCCCAUUGCGAUCCGUUCGCAAACCCGGAGGAAAUGGAGCAUUCAGCCAACCCUAUCGCAUCCGAGGGCGCCCAAACCCCAAGCGAAAGUUUUGUACGCUCAUUUGGGCUCAGGCGUGAGUUAGAGGGGCAUAAUGGUUGCGUGAAUUCUCUUUCGAUGAACGCGAGUGGUGAGUUGUUGCUAUCGGGGUCUGACGAUCUUGCUUUUUGUUUGUACGACACAUUUGAAUGGCAAAUAAAGCAGCGAUACCGUACCCGGCAUAGUUCCAACAUAUUCCAUGCCGUUUUUGUUCCAGGCAAUGAUCACCAUGUUGUGUCGUGUGCACGUGAUGGCCGUACGUUGGUAACCGAUUUAGAAGUGGGUGAGUCGUUCUACAAAUGCCGGCAUUCCCAAGUAGCUUCUUCCAUUGCUGUUUCUCCGUGGUGGCCUGACACGGCGUACGUUGGUUACCUCAAUGGGUUCAUAUCCCGAAUUGACACCCGCACCCGUCGCUUGGAAAGCGAAAGAACGACCGACGGAAACCCAUGUCUGCCAAGUGUAGGGGAGGUGCGUACAUUGGCAGUGCACGAUCGUUGGCCGUUUCUUUUGGCUUCAGGCACCAAUACUGAGGCGGUGUACUUACACGAUGUGCGUAUGUGCUCGCUUGGUGCCUUUGCUGCCAUCACCAUACCUUGUGUUCGUCGGUCAAAUGGCGUAAGCGGACUUUCUUUUAGUGCGAACGGUACUUCUCUUGCUGUUAACUACCGUGAAGAGCAUGUCUACGUUGUUCCUUGGUUGGAAACCCUGUACUCCAGAGCUGUGUCGACGAGUGCGUCACGGAACGCAACGUGUACUGGUUUUUCAUCGGUUUUGGAUAUGGGAGCGGUUGAUAAACUGACUGUUGCCACGGCGGAUGGGGCUGUGAAAAUGUCGGGGCGAAGGAAUGUACAAACUAUGUUCAAGGACGUUACCUUCAUGGAGGAUGACAGCAUUGUCUGUUCGGGUUGUGACAGCGGCAAUGUGUUCUUUUGGCGAACCAGUGAUGGGAAACUUAUUCAUACAACACCUGGGGAUGCUAGCAUUGUCAACGUUGUGUUGUACAGCCAUCGCACCGGUCGGCUGUUGACGUCUGGGAUUGACGAUACUAUUAAGGUACUGGGCCCCCUCAACGGCAGGGUUUCUCAGUCAAUAGAACACCGUGAGGAGGUGGAAGACACUUUCUCAAGAUCUGUCGUUGGGGUGGUAGACACUGUACGACGAAUUUUGCUUGGCGAAAUCCCCUCCACUCGUGGCGAUCGACUCUCCGAAAUUCUCUCCCUUGGUGACAAUUUGGUAACCCGCACACCAGAUACCGAGGACCGAACUGAUGUGCGGGUGGAACUGAACACGACGGUAAGUGAUGACAGUGACGACGAUGGUGGAGGCAGCGUUGACGAUUUUGACUCUCAUUACGAAGACGAGUCCAACGAGGAAGUAGGGCAAUAUCAGUCACAGGAUCGCAUAUGGCACGUGAAUUUCUCGCGGUCGCAUGUUGAAGCGUCACUGGAGCAGUUCGCUGCUGCAGAGAGAGCUCUACAUAUGUCCCUCACCGACUUGAUUCUUUUGACAAGGCAGUUAGUGGCCACUUGGGUGUUUGGCUCCCGUCGGGUUGUUGGUGGGAUAGGUACUGUGCCGCCUUUAUUCCUUGCGAACGGUGCGAUGAGUUCAACUACCGCCGAAUCUGAUGCUUUUAGUGGGAUACGCGGCAUGGUCGUUGAGGGGGCCGAAGAUGAUGGUGAUGUUGAUGUUGACGACAUGAUCACUGAUGAUGCCACAGCUCUCUCGUCUGCCCGUAUGUCUCUACCGGAGGAUACGAGCAACCUUGGCGACAGUAUUGAUAGGCAUGUGGGAAGUGACAGCGGUGUUAGUUCUGCUAGCGGGAAUGGAGAGGACGAUCCAUUUCUUGUUAUUGGCACUUCUAUCCUCACUCCUGCCACUGAGCGACACAUUAGCCAUAUUAGAGCUGCAGAUGAAGGGACGUUAGUUGAGGAGUUGCCAGUUGUCGGCGGUGGUCCAGGACAAAGGGAGGAACGCGGUGAUUCAACGAGCCAACGCACAGGCGAUGACAGGAAUGAGGCCGCGAUUCCUGGAACGGAUGUUAUGGGGACCGUCUCGAGUUGGUUUCAAGAUAUGCACCGGGUAUUUAACAAGCUGAGGGAUGGGCUAAAGACGACUUUUAGGAGGUGGACUCUGCCAGGUGGUGGUCGUGUGCAGAUCCCACGGUGGGACCGCUGUACCUUUGGGGUGGCGUCAGGAGCUCCAGUGGUGGAUGGUGGCUGGUCGCCUUCUCAGGCUCCAGACGUCGAUGAUGAUACAUCUUUCUUGUUCUACUAUGCAUCCGGCGUAGCUCAGGCGGAGUCGUCAGGUAAUGUGCCGGCUGCUCCUCCUACAUUUGAUGCCUUCCUUAGUAACAAGCAGCGCAUCAGGUGUUUCCUUACCCUCUUGGACGUAGUCUUACGGCGAAAAGAGCUCAUUUGUUCAUCCACGGAGGAACGCCGGGGAUACUGGAUGUUCCGCUGUGUUACUGAGUUAUGCUAUGCAUACUAUUUUAUGGCACUUGGGGAAGCGGAGGCAGCGAUUCACCAUGUCGAGCAACUGGAGCGGCACGCGGAGUACCGAUGCAUCACUGCGUUGGGAUCUGUAGACAGUGCGUGCCUGCGAUUAGGAGGCAAGCGUCGGAGACAGGCUCCUGUUCCUCAAGGUACAGGCAGUAGAGGGACGUAUGAAAGAAGAGGAACGGAAUUGCUGCGAACGCUUGACUGUGGGGAAUUGCCACCUCUGCUGGUUCCCAUGGCACUGAAAAUACGUAUUUUAGUCUUGUCUCAGCGUGGGGUGGUUUCUGGGGAAGAUGUUCUCAGCAGCGGCAGUUGCAGUGAUCAUGGCGAAUUGCUGCGUGAUCAGGCUGGUGACAGCUAUUUACAGUCACUAGUGAAUGAAAUGCGAGGGCGACUGAGCGGUCACCCCAAUGAAAAAGUUAAACAAAGGGUCGUACGAAUGUUGCGCGGCAUUAAUAUAACAUUGAGUUGA